GGGCUCAGAUUUAGACUUUUAUCAGAGAGCAGCAGCUCCAGUGGAGGCUCAGUCUGGCAGCCUGUGCGGUAACCAUACAAGGCUUCAUGACAGAGGUUACCGGGUUGACAGGCAACAUCCCGACAUUCGCGUCUCGCAGUCUGCGGCACAGCACACUGGACGCGGCUCAUCCAGGCGGACACACACCGCUGCUCAGCUCUCCUCCACUUGCCUUCGCUGCCAGCUAACGAGACUGACCCGACCACCGCUUCAUGAUCCAGGGCUAGCUGCGGAUCAAAACAAGGACAAUCUCUCAGAGUUUCAGCGACGUUUCGUUUUUGAUCAGCCAGGAGGUUCAGCAGCCCGAAGAGACACGGACCCCGGGGAGAGAGCGACUGGACUCCGGAGCCAGGCGGCCAGGCUAGCCAGGGUGGUGGCUGGAUAAACUAGGGGGGUUGUCUCCAGCUCCUGGUGGAUUUAUUCCCUGCCAGCUAACGUUAGCUCAGCUAGCCCCAAGCAGCACCAUGGAUUGGUUAAUGGGGAAGUCGAAGACGAAGCCAAAUGGAAAGAAGCCACCGGCAGAGGAGAAGAAGCAGUACGUGGAGCCAGAGUUCACCAAGAUCCGGGUGGUGGACUUUGACCUGAAGGAGCUGGUGGUGCUGCCCAGAGAGAUAGACCUCAACGAAUGGCUAGCGAGCAACACGACGACAUUCUUCAAUCUUAUCAACCUGCAGUACAGCACCAUUUCAGAGUUCUGCACCGGGGAGACUUGUCAGGCCAUGACGGCUUGUAGCACAAUAUACUACUGGUAUGACGAGAGGGGGAAGAAGACAAAGUGCACUGCUCCACAGUACGUCGACUUCGUAAUGAGUCUUUGUCAGAAACUGGUCACAGACGAGGAAAUCUUUCCUACAAAGUAUGGCAAAGAGUUCCCCAACUCGUUUGAGUCGUUGGUGAAGAAGAUCUGCCGGUACCUGUUCCACGUGCUGGCUCACCUCUACUGGGCGCACUUUAAGGAAACGGUGGCUCUGGACCUGCACGGCCACUUGAACACUCUGUAUGCACAUUUCAUCGUUUUCGUAAGGGAAUUCAACCUGAUCGACCCUAAGGAGACCUGUAUCAUGGACGACUUGUCCGAAAUCCUCUGCAGUCCCGUUCCCGCCCCGGCCCCCUCCGCCCCCGCACCGGCCCCCUCCCCGUCUUCACAGAACCACGUGACGGAGAGAUGAGCAGCGGCGGCGAGAUGGCGGCCCUGGGGGAUGAUGGAAGAUCUGAGAGGAGAGAAGGGAAAACAAACAGCCCAGUCCCCUUUCUCGGUGCAGGCAGGACUUAUGAAACCUUCCACUACCCUAAUGUUUCGCUCCACCACCGACCGACCGACCAGUCGGGAGGAAAAGGCCUGGGAGGGUUUCAUGUGGGGAGGUUGGGGUUGCGGGGAGGGGUUUGUCACGCCAGCAGGAAAUGGCGUGAGCGUUCCUCCCAGGGACAAAUCCCUCCCGUCUUCUCUGCAAUCUAAACUAGGAACAAAAGACAAAAUGUGUAUAUUUUAUUUUAUUUUUUUGGUUUUUAUUUUCCUCGUUUAUUUUUGUUGAAAGUUUUACUCAGUUUUAUUUUGUUGUUGUUGAAGCGGGGUGCAGUGUUUCUAUCCACCUCCAUCUGUCCUCUACCUAGCAUACAGUACAGGAAGGCGUGGGGGCCGGGGCUCUGCUUUGCUUCGACCUGCUAUGUGUACAGUGUAGAUGAGUGGAGAAGCGGCGCCUCUGCUCACCCGCAGGCUCGUCUCCCUCCUGCUCCGGGGAUGGGGGUGGCGGCGCUGCGACGGCAAGGAGGCAGCCAUGUUACCGCCUGAUGGAGCAAUGCUAGCCAAUCACUGUUCGGGUUCUUUAUCUGGAGCGAGUGGGGGGUGGUAAUUAAGGCGCUUCCUACUCAGGAUCUGAGAGAAUCAGUCAACUGCUGCCAGAGAGGAGCCUCUCGAUUUCAUUCUGUCCCUUAUUCACUAGACUGCCUCAUAGGACAAAUGUUGCUCAUAUUUAACUGCACUGUACUCGCAUAAUCCCCCACAAACAUGUCCCACAGCGUACCUGUAGGGGGCAGCAAACAUGCAGACAAAGGGGCAAAUCUAAAGAUUGUACGCUAGAUGUUUAAUCUUCUCAUAGAGCGAAUACUUCGAGGCAGACUGGGCGCCCAUACCGGGCGAUUCACAGCUGCGUGUUGGUGUCGAGCACGGCCGCACCACCCACUCCAGCAGCACAGGAGGACAAAGACAUGAGGUCAUGUCUGCAGGCUCAGAGGGGCGGACGUGGAGACGGGAGGAGGAGUGGGAGUAACGGUGCAAAGCUGCUCUGCUGCGUAAACACUCACCUGUGCUUCCAGCUCAGAAAUGAAAAAACACAGCUUUUAUUUUUUUGCCUCACCCUUUAAAUUUACUUUUGUUUUUCUUUUUUUUAAAGAGGAAAAUAAAAGAUCAUCAGAGGAAAAUUAGUUUGGAUAUAGAACAUGCAAAGUCUGCUUGGACUUUACUGUACAAAGAAUCACAAGCGGGUUCUGUCAGAUAUAGCCUCUGUUUGGAGGAGGAUUGAAUUUAUGAUUCUCCAUUUUUAUUUAUUUUUAAAUUUCUCUCUUUUUUUGCAGGGUUCCUCAGUUCUGGCUCAUUUUUAUGUAUUUUAAUUAUUAACUAA